AUCAAACAUACAAUGUUAAGUUUUCUGUGUUGAUUUCAUGUUUCUAUUUGUAUCUCAACUGUUAAUAUGUGUAAACAGUUUCCAAUAAAGUUGUUGUAAAACAACAACCCAACUGGCCUCAGAUAUUCAGAGGUGAGACGAUCACUCUGACAUGUGAGGUGCAGGAAGGAGGUGAAACCACUGAGUGGGAGUAUGAAUGGAGAGGACCCAGGACACCCACACAGUGGACACACAAUAAUGAUGUGACAUUCAGAGUUUCUGAGUCCAGCAGUGGAGACUACAUGUGUAAGAGUCGACGCAGAGAUGACUCAUAUUCUUCAACAGAGUGGAGUGAAGCCUUCACAUUGUCAGGAUCAACAGAUCAACCAAAGGCCCAAAUAACUUCUGACAUGAGAGACCUUCCAGUAGGGGGCAGUGUGACCCUGACCUGCUCUGUGAACCCAUCAUCAUCAUCAUCUGGAUGGAAAUACUACUGGUACAGAGAUGAGAAAUCCUCUGAAGCCCUGACCACACAAGAUGCAGUUUUCCACUCAAAUGGACAAAUCAGUGUCUCACAGGAAGGACUCUACAGGUGCAGAGGAGGAAGAGGAAACCCAGUUUACUACACAGAGGACAGCCAGUCAGUCAGGAUUGAUCGAAAGGCAGCACCUGAGCCUGAAAGCUCUUCAUUUGUCACUCCUUUGAUCGUUGGACUCGUUUGUGGAGUUUUACUGAUUCUUCUUCUGCUGCUGUUGUUGUGUCGCUUCAAACAAUCAAAGGAUUCAUUCUUUGUCAGGACUCGGAGCACAAAUCAGAGCUCUGCUAUGAACCACAUGAUCAAGGAUGAAGCUCAACACAGUCAACAUGCUUCUACUCUUCAAGGUGAUGCUUGUGUUUAUGAAUCAAUCAAAGACCACGAUGACACACAAAAUGAUGACAGUGUGUUGUAUGCAGAGGUCUCCCACGAUACAGCUAAAACCAAGAAAGACAACGAUGACAGCCUGUUGUACGCACAGGUCUAUUACACUAAAGCAAAACCCAAGAGACACAAAGGGAAACCAGCUCCUGCAGCAGCUGAUGAAACAGUUUAUUCUGAAGUUAAAUCAAAAACAGCUCUGGGUAACUGUGCAGAAAUAAAAUAGCUUACAUGCUGUAAUUUGUUGCUGUAAUGAUGAACUCAAAUAACUUUUAAAGGAAGCAAAUUUAGUUCUAAAUCACCUUUAAUGACUGAAUUAUGCUGCACCGUUUCUUUCAGAUUAAUAACAAGAUCUGCAAAACCAACUGGAUCAGUGACAAAACUGUGUUGAUUCCAUUACAAUUAAAGAGAUCAUUGGAGAAAAUGAGAUUAUCCACUGUUUUGUAAAACAAAAUAAAGUCAAACUUUCUUUCAUCAUAAUAGCACCAACUGAUGAUCUGACUUUAAAACUAGGAUGCUUUUUAGACAUGGAUUUUCAUUGAACUGCAAGUGUUUUUACAUGUAGAUUGCUCAAUACAUAAAUAACAAAUAAAAAUGCAUGCCUGACAAUGUUGGAGCAUACGAAUAAUGAGACAAUGGUGUCCUGGGGAUCUCCUCCAAGAUCUGGACCAGGCUCCUGGACAGUCUGAGCUGCAACCUGGCAGCGUCAGAUGGAGAGAAGCAUGAUGUCCCAGUUGGAUUUUGGUCAGGCGAGUGUGGGGACCAGUCAGUGGUAUCAAUUCCUUAAUCCUCCAGGAACUGCCUGCAUACUCUCAACACAUGAGGCUGGGCAUCGUCAUACCAGGAGGAACCCAGGACCCACAGCACAAGCAUAGGGUCUGACAGUGGGUGACAAACUCUUGAGCAUGAAUUGAAUUGGCAUCCUAGAGGAGUUGGACAUCCUGUACAACCUCUGUAGCAUCCAGGGAUCAUCUCACCCUGCCAGUAACGAUGAUCACACUAGCCAAAUGCAAAAAUAGUGAAAAAAAUAGUCAGAAGAGAUGAGGAGGGAAAAAAAUGUCGGUGACCUCUACCUGUAAAACAAUUCCUGUUUGGGGGGUUGUUUCAUUGUUGCCCCUCUAGUGUACCCAGUGUUAACUGCAUUUUCUGCUACUUCCUCGAGGAUAGACGUUUGAGUGAUCUGAUGUUUUACUCUGAUUAAAAAUAAUUCCUUUAA